AGACCUCGAUAACAGCAACCCCAUCAAAUUAUCUUGAGCCCAGCAAAAACCUCUGCAAUUUACAAAGUUCCACUUCCAAUAUCCGAGGAAAUCUGAUCCUGAGUAGUUCAGAGGAUGUGGGGAUUAGGUGGAAGUCAUUAUUGGGGAAGAAAGGAGAGGGGAAAAGUGGAAGGAAUAGUUGUGGUAUUUGCAUGGAUGUCCAGUCAGGAGAAGCAUUUGAAGAAUUAUGUUGAUAUGUACUCCUCUCGUGGAUGGAAUUCCAUUGUUUGCCAAGCUCAGUUCCUCAAUUUAUUCUUUCCGGAUAAGGCUGCAUCGUUGGCUCAGGAAAUAGUUAAUGAGCUCAUUCAGGAAUUAAAAAUAAGGCCAUGCCCCAUCAUAUUUGCAUCUUUUUCUGGUGGCCCAAAAGCUUGUAUGUACAAGGUUCUCCAGAUAAUUGAAGGGAAGUGUGAAGAGCAAAUCAAUCUGGAUGAAUGUCGGCUUGUUAGAGACUCAAUUUCUGGUUACAUAUUCGAUUCUUGUCCUGUGGAUUUCGUAAGUGACACAGGGAAUCGUUUUUUUCUCCAUCAAACUGGUCUUACAAUUUCACGCCCUCCACUCAUAGCGUCAUGGAUAACAAGUGGCAUUUCCUCCACCCUGGACGCACUCUUUCUUAGCAGAUUCGAAUCACAGCGUGCUGAAUAUUGGCAGACUCUGUACUCAACAGUCAGUUUUCGGGCUCCAUAUCUCAUAUUAUGCUCCGAGGAUGACGAGCUUGCUCCGUUUCAAAUAAUCUUCAAUUUCGCAACUAGGCUGAAAAACCUUGGAGCUGAUGUUAAAUUGGUUAAAUGGAAUAAAUCAUCACACGUUGGUCAUUUUCGACAUCAUCCAGAAGAAUACAGCGCGGCCGUAACUGAGCUACUGAGCAAAGCUGCUAUUACCUAUUCCCAACGAAUACGACAACUUGAAGGCGAAAAGAUGGGCAUGGAAGGUGGACAUGACGAAAUUUCUUAUCCAUUUAACGGCCUAAGAAAAGCAGCUGCAAUGUCAAGAGACAGCCUCCACCGAGUUAACCUCGACUUGAAUGAUUAUUUUCACGUGCCAAGCUCUGUAGAGUAUCACGAGGACAGGGAUGUCGGGUCUAUCCCGGAUGAAUCCAAAGGACGUUACAUACCUCUGUCGAGCCCUCCAAAGAUCAGCGCCCAUGGCGUUUUAGGUCAGUUCCUCUUCGAUGCUUGUGUUCCAAAGAAUGUUGAGGACUGGGAUCUGAGGUUUUCGCCCUCCAUGAGAAGUUCUGCAUUUGCUUCGGGGCGGAGGUCUUCUCCUUUCAAUCCUAUAAAGUGCAUCCUUCGAUCUAGAUUAUGAUAGUUGUUCGGCUUUAUUCUCCGGUGCAAACAUCUUGCCUGUGAAAUAUACUCCGUAUUUUAUCGGUUCAAGAUGGCAUUCGGGGCAAGAAUACGAAGAAAUGCCAGAUUAUAGAGAGUUCUCCACCCGAAAAUACUUGGACUGUAAGUCGAAUUUCUAACUUUUGACACGAUGUAUAGUAAUAUCGUUCUCUAACUUGUAAGUUUUAACUGUGUAUCACUGUUUUGGAGGGGAAUAAUGAAUUAAAUUCUUGAAUAA